AUGCCUAAGAACACAUUGUAUGUGACUGGGUUCACAAGAGAAUCAAAGGCUGUCGAUUUGGCACCUGAAUUCGAAAAGUAUGGUGAUUUAGUCAGAUUAGAUAUUCCUCCGCCAAGAACCUCAGACGGACAGAAAUUUGCUUUUGUUGAGUAUAAGGAUGCUGAAGGUUGUGAACGUGCUUUGGAUAUGGAUGGUAAAGAAUUCCCAUUCACUCUUCCAGAAGGUUUAGUUGUUCAAGUUGCUAAAUCCGAUCCCUUCACUUCAAGAGAAAGAGGUGGAUUUAGAGGUAGAGGCGGAUACGGCUAUGGUGGGGGUGGCCCCGGUUAUGGUCGUGGAGGUGGAUACGGCCGUGGAAGAGAAGGUUAUGGUGGUGGCUACGGUGGCGGUGGAUACGGCGGGGGAAGAGGAUAUGGUGAUGGGUAUGGGAGAGGAUAUGGUGGAUAUGGUGGAGAUAGAAGAGGUGGAUUUGGUGAUAGAAGAGGUGGUUACGGAGGUUAUGGAGGCGGUAGAGGAUACGACGAUGGCUAUGGAAGAAGAGGUGGUGGUUUUUCUGGUAGAGGUGGAAGAGGUGGAUAUGGUGAUUACAGAGGAAGCCGUGAUGGUAGCCGUGAGCCACAUGAUGGAUUUAGAGGAGGACCAGAACGUGGUUUUGGUAGUGGUGGUGGACGUUUUGAAGAUAGGGAAUAUAGAGGAGGUAGCGACAGAUAUGAGCGUGAACCUAGAGCUGAAGAAAGAGGUAGAUACAGCAGAUCGCCAUCUAGAUCGCCUGUCAGAAGGGACAGAUCAAGAUCACCAGGCUUCUAA